UUUCUCGUAUCUCACCGGGCCAUAAUUCCCUCGUCGCAACUACAUUUCUGAGACCUAUGUACAUCUCUGCACUAGUCUAAGGAUAGCUUUGGACCUCUUUCAAUCUCUGGGCUUAUUAUAACAUUCCCUCUCGUGCCCACCUUCGCGCAUCGCCGUCCCCCACCAUGUCGAAUUUACCGUCCCACGCCUCACCAACCUUCACGGCGCAAACCCCUACUUCCAAUACAAUUGAAGAGCUCUCAAUUGGUACAGAGCAGACCGCUUCAACCAGCAGAAUAGAUGAACUCCGUGGCGAUGCGGUCAGUGUGACCGGCAGUGACCGGGGUGAUAUGACCCCCGCUGUGCCCCCUUCACUUCUUUCCCCGUCCUUCACCCCGCCAGCCACCCCAGGCGGAACAUACAAUCCAGCACAAUUGCUCCAGCAAACACAACAACCCACGAGUUCAAAGCCCCCGAAACUCCUUCCUCGCCUUCCCGAUGUCGAAUGUAUUGUGCGUGCCCGAAUUCCGACAACCACGGGCGCGGAGAUGUUCCUUCACCUAUAUCACAACGACUUAGACAACAAAGAACACCUGGCAAUUGUCUUUGGAAACACAAUUCGCAGUCGGAGCUUGGACAAGGUUCGGCCAGGAGAAACCGAGAUGGAUCGCAUGAUUCGUGGGGCUUAUGUUGGCAAACUUCACCCUGGUCGGAUUAGCAGUUGGUAUGACGAAGGGAACGUGGAGGGAGCGGAAGGCAUGGGUAAGGCAGAUGAGAACAUCCCAAGCCAGGCGCCCCUGGUGCGAAUCCAUUCCGAGUGCUAUACUGGAGAAACCGCCUGGUCGGCGCGUUGCGAUUGCGGUGAACAGCUCGAUGAGGCCGCGAGACUGAUGUCGUUCCCCAUGGAGACUUUGUCGGAGCUCGCAUCGCAGCAGUCUUUGCCUGUGGCUUCGAAUGUCUCUGGUGGUGUGAUUGUAUACCUCCGGCAAGAAGGGCGUGGAAUUGGUCUCGGGGAGAAGCUCAAAGCCUACAACUUGCAGGAUCUUGGAUCUGAUACGGUCGAGGCCAAUCUGCUGUUGCGACACCCUGCCGAUGCUCGAAGCUAUGGUCUGGCUACCGCAAUUCUUGUCGAUCUCGGUCUUGGGGAGGAUGCCAAUCCACACGGGAUUCGACUCCUCACGAACAACCCUGAUAAGGUGCGAGCAAUCGAGGGUCCCAACCGAGAGGUGGUUGUAAAGGAGCGGGUGCCCAUGAUUCCCUUGGCAUGGAGAUCGGGCGGCAAGGCGGGCAUCAAGAGCACAGAGGUCGAGGGAUAUCUUAGGACAAAGAUUUCAAAAAUGGGACACAUGAUUCAGUAAACUAGAACGGCUCUUUUCCUUUGUUGUGCCCAUGCCUUGCAAUUUCUGCUUACAUUGUUACCCCUGGGCUAUAUACUCAAGAAGACCUCGAGGGGAGGUCUUGUGUAAUGUACAGUGCUUAUGAGACAGCGACGUCUUUCUUGUCUUGUUUUCCCUACCUGUGCUUACCGCGUUGUCAACGUCUCCCGCGAAUUGCGCCGGUGUAUUACUACUACCUAUCUUCAUUUCGUUCACAGUGCACAAUGUACUGUACGUUCCAGUACUGUACAUACAGUACAUCAUCACUUGACAUUUUCGG